AACAACGCCGAGCGAGUCAGACGUGCGGCAAACGGUGCGCGCAAUUUAAAGUGUUAUUUGUUAAAUAAUUAAAAGCUAUUUGAUAACAUAAUGCACGAAUAUGUCGCCACUCGUGCGCGUGAAUAAAACAGCGUUUGUGUAAACGAAUUGGAUUGAUUGGGCGUUUCGGUAAAUGCAUUUCCCACCAGCUCGGCUAUUGUUUUUUUUUUCUAUUUCUACGCGAAGUGUGCGUCCAAUUGAAUUAAAUAACGAAAAUGCAAAGCGUAACUGACAGGAGCAGCAUUGAAAUCGAAACGGCGGCAGGCUAAAUUGAAAGUAAAGUUCGCAAAAAAAAAAAAACUGUUAAACGGCGGCGGCAACGGCACUUAACUGUUGUUUGCUCAGAAAAUCAGAAAACAGUGCAAAAAUAGAAAAAGAGGAAAGGAAGAAUAUAGUAAAAAAAAAAAACGCCGAAAAGUGUGUACAUAUUUAAAUUGUUAGUGAAUAAUUUUAUGCAACACACAUGCACACGUCUGCCUGUGUGUGUGUGCUUGUCUGUGAUUGUUUUUGUGUGCGUUUGUGUACAACAAGAAUAACAACAAAAACUGUGCAAGGAUCAACGACAACGACAACGCCGCCGUCGCAGUCGCCGUCAGGGUAGUUUGUUUGAACAAAGCCCAAAGCCCAACGAGGAGACGGGUGGAGAGAGACGCGUGCUCUCUUCUCUUUUGUGCGCUUUUGCCGCCUGGAAUGUGCUGCAGCCCAACAAACAAAAACAACUGCAAGAGCAAUUGCAGGAACAACAACGACAGCGGGCGACCGUAACGAGCACACACUCGCUGUUACACACACACACACACACACACUCAAACUGGGUGCCGGCUGAAAGGGGAGGAAACGCUGUUUAAUUGUUUGCAGGAUUCUUUUGAUGCGCCCGCUGCUUCUGCUGCAGCUGGAAGUUGACUGCAUUUGGGCAAAUAGAUUCAAGAACCGCGCUGCCAAAACUCUGGAUGGAACUGAACCGAAAAAAUGUCGAUAAAACGCAAAAAUAAUAAGCUAAGAGAGAAAUUAAUUUUCAUGGUUUUGCCGGCCAUCGAGAAGUGAAGAGCAACUCAAGCCAAAUACACAGCGAAAUCAAGAAACAAAGAGAGAAAAAAUAAAAAACGCUGCGCAAACUCAAAAAGCUAACGAAAACGAAUUCGAUCGAUUUGCAUUGACACAUUUAGUUAGAAAUAGGAAACCCGAAAAUCCGAGACGACGACGACGACGACGAAAACGGAAAUGGAUCUCAGUCUUGAACGCGACAGCUCUGCGCUGGGCAGUCUGUUCCAACAGAUCAUAAAUGACAUGAAGAACACAUCGCCGCUGUGGGAGGACUUUGUGGCCAAGGCGAGUAAGCUGCACACGUGCCUGCGCGCUGCGAUUCAGGCAAUUGCCGCCUAUUUGGAUGCCUUCCAAAAGAUCGCCGAUGCGGCCACCAAUUCCAGAGGUGCAUCGAAGGAGAUUGGCACCGCUUUGACGCGCGUCUGUCUGCGCCACAAGGCGGUCGAGACGCGCUUGAAGACGUUCACGAGCGCCAUUAUGGAUUGUUUGGUGCAGCCGCUGCAGGAUAAGAUCGAGGACUGGAAACGCACGGUGGCCACCAUUGACAAGGAUCAUGCCAAAGAGUACAAGCGUUGCCGCAGCGAGCUUAAAAAGCGCUCCAGCGACACGUUGCGGCUGCAGAAGAAGGCCCGCAAGGGCCAAACCGACAACAGCCUGCAAUCGUUGAUGGACUCGCACAUGCAGGAUGUGACGCUGCGUCGCGCCGAGCUCGAGGAGGUGGAGAAGAAAUCGCUGCGUGCCGCCAUGGUCGAGGAACGGCUGCGCUUCUGCAGCUUUGUGCACAUGCUGCAGCCGGUGGUGCACGAGGAGUGCGAGGUCAUCUCCGAGCUGGGCCAUCUGCAGGAGGCCAUGGAGUCCAUUGCACUGGUCACCAAGGAGCCGAGCGUGCUGCCGCAGGCCUCGGAGGAGCUCAUACACGACGCCAAGGCCAGCAUUAAUCUAUAUCCCGAGUCACCCGGCGGCGGAUCUGGCUCCCAGGGUGGCGGCUGCUCCAAUUCGCUGGGCUCACGCAAGAGCUCCGUCUGCUCCAUCAGCAGCAUGAACAGCAGCGGCUCCAGCAACUCGCCGGGUCAUCAUCACUAUCAGCGCUCGCUGUCGCAGUUUGUAACGCCCGCAAUUCGCUUGAAACCUGGUGAAUCCAGUGAUAGUGGCUUUUGCUCAUCGCCAGCGCUAACAACACAGGCGUCGACUGCGACAAAUCAGACGCACGCCGUCUCCACUUGGCCGCCACAUUCCCAGGACGUUGUGGACACGCUGCCGCCGACUGCCGAUCGUCCGCACACGAUUUCCACAACCUACGAGAAGGGCCAUCAGCGUCCGCCGCUAACUGUUUACACGUUCCAGAAUCCCGAGACCAUACACGAGUCCAGCAGCAGCGGCAGCCUCAUAGCUCCUGCUCCCGCUGCUCCUACUGCUCCCGCUGUGCCCAACAGCAGCUCCUCCGCCUCGGGCCAGACCACGCCGGCUCCACAGAAAUCGCCAGCCGCCUCGCUUAGUCGUCCGCCGUUGCCAGUUCGCUGCUCGUCGCUGGAACGCCCGCUGUCGGCGCAGAGCAAUCAUCGCCAGAACAGUGGACAGAAUUUGCUGCAGCGCCAGUGCCCCUCACCGAUUCCGGCUCAUAUCACGAAAGAGCUGUCCGCCGCACAUCAUGCACAGCAGCAGCAGCAACAGCAGCAACAAACCACGCCCACCUAUGUUAAUAUGUCCGAACUGGCGGCUAUGAAACUAACCAACCAGCAGCAGCAACAGCAAUCACAGCAGCAAUCACAGCAGCAGCAGCAACAAAAGGCAGCAACACCUUUGCUGCAGCAACAGAGCAGCAUCGAUUCGAUAUGUUCGCAGCACUCGAAUGACUCGUCGACUGGCUCGCUACAGCAGCAACUGUUGCAGCAUCAAUCGCAGAUCAUGAAUCAUCAGCCAACUGGACUAGGCACACGAUCCCAUUCCAUAUCCUCGUCGGUGUCCUCGAACACGGCCUCCUCGUUGCACUCGCAUCCAUCCAUUGACUCGGCUGUUGCUGCCUCGCUUGUGGGCACAGCUGGUGGUGGUCACACUAAUACCAAUACAAGCACCACAACACCAUCCAGCGGCUGUUCAACGCCACAGAAUCACUAUUCACCACUGUUAACCAACUCACCCACGUCCACUGCCGCAGGUACACCCAGCAACGGCAGCAUUGCCAGCGGCCUCGGCUUUGUCUAUCAGAUCAGCUCACCGACGCCGCCCGCCUCCGCCAGCGAAGUGCUCAAGAUCACCGAACCAUCGCCGCCAGCUGCAGCUGUUGUCGAUGUUGUCCAUGAUGUCCAUGAUUCUGGCGAUACCGAUGAACGUUCGCGUGCCUCGGUUCUGCAGAAGGCCUCCAUGUUUGAGAAGCAGGCAGCCGCUGCCGCUGCACCAGCGCCUGUGCCUGUGCCUGUGCCGUCAGCUGCCUCAAGUGGCCGACGUUCCGAGGAGCUGCGCGCGGUGGAGCAACAGGAAAUGGACAAAUCUUUCGAAGAUUCGAUACAAGCAUUAAAUAAUUUAAUUGGCGAAUUAGACUCCUUUCAACGUGAGAUCGAUGAGGGCAAGGGCAAGCAGCACAGCAGCAACAUCAACAGCAACAACAGCAGCAACAACAACAACAACAGAAGCAACAACAGCAACAAUAACAACAGCAACAACAGCGGCUCGAGCAGCAGCAACAGCAGCAACGAGAACAACAACAGCAACGAUCUGCUGUUGUUGCCCAGCAACAGCAACAACAUCGAUUGCUGUGCGAUCAGCAAUCAAACAAAUUCGAGCGGCUGCGGCACAGACAUCUCGGACACCACAUCCGAGGAGCUGGGCGGCAUCGAUGGGCAACGGCGGCAUCGGCAAUUGAAUGCCAGCGAUUCGGAGCUGAGUCGCUGUUAUGUGAGCGAGACGAGUUCGCUGACCGGCGGCAUAUUGGCCGGCGGCUAUGAGAAUCCGACAUUUGUGCACUUUGCCAAUCGAGAGGAACAGCCGGAGAAUGGUCGCAGCCAGCAAUAUGCCAGCGACAGCGUCUCGCUGACCUCGGCCUCGGAUAGCGUGUGCAUGGGCCAGCCGCGGCACGCCUAUGUGGACACGUGCAGCGAUGACGGCAGCGCUGUGGUUGUCAUCUACGACCAUCAGAUACCCAAUACGCCGGACAUUGAGUUCGUUAAACAGAAUUCGGAAAUUGUGCUGUUGCGCACCAAAGAUCCGCAGCAGCUGCAGCUGCACGAGAUGCGUGAACUGCACCAGCUGCCGGACAAUCUGGCCGGAACCUCGCCCGAAUCGCCCGACGACGAUGGCAGCUCGGCGGGAGCACAGAAGCCACCUGCGGCAAUGGCAACGGCAACUGUGGCGCCCGCCAAGCAGCGACUCUCCUCGUUUCGCGCCUCCAGCGAGCAGCAGCUACAGCUGCUCGGACGCGCCAGUCCGCACAGAGGUACGGAAAAGCUUAGGGUUAGUCCAGAACAGCAGCAGCAGCCAGUGCAGCCAGUGCAGCAGCAAUUAGCGAGCGAUGCAACAGCAACAGUUGCUGGUGCGGUGCGGCGCAAGCUGCCGCCGAAGCCGAUUAGCCUCAGCAUAUACAAUGGGCCCGUGCCUGAGCCGGGCAACAGCAGCAGCAACAGCAGCAAGCCAGUGAUACCCAGAAAGUUUGACUUUAAGGCUGACUUAGAUGCCAAAAUACGCAAGCAGAAACUAAAAGUGCAGCAGCAAUUGCAGCAGCAGCAGCAACAACAAGCACACUCACCACAGUCGCCCCAAACAACAACAACAGCAAACUGUAAUGUCACUAAUAUACCUGCCGUUAUUGCAUCCGCAUCCAAUCAUAGAAUGCCAAACCAAACAGCAGCAACAUCUAAUCAUGCGCCAUACAAAACGCCCAACACAGCAACAGCAACAUCAACAUUAUCAUCAACAACCUCACCUGGAUCCAAAUUGUCAUUGCCAUUAUCAUCAUCAUCAUCAUCAUUAUCUGCAUCAUCAUCGUCGUCAGCAGCAGCAGCAGCGCCACCUCAGCCGCCCAAUGUGCCCGCCAAACCCGCACCACAAUUGCCCAAUUCAUAUGCGUGCUCCACUGUCAAUGCCAAUCCUCCACCUACCCAUGCUAGUGUCAAGCCAUGCAUAACGCCCAGGCCGGCAUCGUUGUCGGGAGGAGUCGGAGGAGUAGCAGGAGGAGGAGGAGGUGGCUCCACGCGCAUCGCACGUCGUUCUUCCAUUAACCAGGCGAAGCCACCGCCGCCAGUGCGACGCAGCUCGUCGGUGACGCCCAGUCCCAAUAAUGGGCUGCAACUGCAACUGCAACAGCAACAGCACAGCAACAACUCGUGCGAGCACUUGCCACCGCCGCCCGCCUACCUGCUGGAGGCCUACACCUCCACGUCGCCUACACCUACGCCGUCCAUGCCCAGCUCAGCGCUCAAGGUGUCGGAGACGGUGCGUGCUCUGGCAGCCAUGCGGCAGCAUCAGCCCGCCUCGCCCGUUGCGCUGCGCCGCAUGCAACAGCAACAGCAGCAACUGCAGCAGCAACAGCAACUGCAGCAGCAGCAGCAGCAACAUCCUUCACAGCAGCACAAGCCUAUUGAAGCUGACUAUGAAGCUUACUAUAAUAGCUAUAUGGAGCUGCAUGCCUAUGCUCAAGCCACGCCCUCCAAUCACCCACAACAGCAACAUCACCAGCAGCAGCAACGCUUUGUGCAGCAGCAACAUCUUCAUCAACAGCAGCAGCAGCAACAGCUGCCACCAACGCCGCCUCCAUAUCAGGCGCCACCUCAGCUGGAUGCCUCAUCGUUCCGCACCUCAUCGCCUGGCGCCGGCGGCGGCGGCAUCUACGCGCAGCCCAAAUUGGUCAGCAACAUGUCCAGCUUUCGCAGCAGCAGCCCCAGCCCAAAUGGGCAUGCUGCUCACCCACUGCCACCGACACAGCCCAAGGCGAAUCCGAAUCUAAUUGCACAGCUCAAUGCACGACUCAACAGCAAGCAGCAGCAACAGCAGCAGCAGCAACAGCAGCAACAUGUUGCCGAGGGCAUUUACGGCAACGCGAGCAGCGAGUCCAUCUACCUGCGCAGCGGCUUGUCCAUGACACAGCAACAACAGCAGCAGCAGCAACACCACGACGCUGCGCAAACAGCUAACAUGCGACAACAGCAACAGUUGCAGCAGCAGCAGCAGCAGCAGCAGCAACAUUAUACUUGCCCGCCGCCGCUUGAGGAUCCGCCACCGCCGCCCAUUUAUUCAGCGACCAUGCCCAAAAAAAUGGCACGCGCACAUGUUGCACACGGCAACAGCAGCAGCAGCAGCAAUCAUGUGAUGGGCGCCACGCUGCCCAAAAAUAUGCUGCAACAGCAACGUUUACAGCAGCAACAGCAGCGCUUGCAGCAACAGCAGCAGCAGCAACAAUAUCAACAGCCCGUUGGCAAUGGACAUGCUAAUCAGCGACCAGCAAUGCCGCUGCCCCAGCAACAACAGCAACAACAGCAACAGCAGCUGCAGCAACAACGACAGCCACCAAUACCGUCGCGCCAUUCCAGCGUGCAGCAAAAGAUAUUCGUUUCGACGAAUCCAUUUAUACAGACAACAGCCGUCAAGUUUCAUACGCCAGCGUCCUCGGUGCACACAACGCCCGCUGCCUCGCCCACCUGCGGCUCGCCCGCAACGGCAACCUUUGCCAGCAUUUAUGGCACAACGGGACGUGGCGCUAGCGCACAGCAAUACCAGCAACAGCAGCAGCAACAUCUGCAGCAGCAACAUUUGCAACAGCAGCAACAUCUGCAGCAGCAGCAGCAGCAUUAUUAUCGCGAUGUGGCUGGCGGCAACAGCAAUGGCGGCGCUGUUUAUUAUGCUGCCCACAACAAUGCCCAUGGCCACGCCCACGGCCACGCCCAUUCGCACGCCCACAUGCCUCAUGUCCAGGCACAUCAUUCAAACUAUGCCACCAGCACCAAUAUCGAAAAGACUGGCAGCAUACGUGCCAAGACCAAGGCUGAAUUUCUCGAGAAUCUCAAUGCAAAGCUGGCCAAACAGGGCAUCUCCGGACGUGCAUUUGCCGUGCGAAAUCUGAUCAAUAGCAAGGCUUUGCCGGAUCCGCGCAUUUGUCACGAGUCGCUAAUGGAUCAAAUAAAGCGGGGCGCGACUUUGAAGCGCAAUCAAAAGAUCAACGAUCGCAGCGCGCCCAAAAUACAUUAAUCUAUUAAUGUUUUUAAUCCGAAUAUUAUUUAUUUCUAAUGAAAAAAACACCCCAAAAUAAUUAUGAGGCGGCGUUGCCUGCUCGAUUGCAGGUUAACGCAGAGUUUAGUUUGAAACUAAGAAACUCGACUAAAUACAAUAUAACACACGUACACACAUAUGAUAAAAGAUAUAUGAUAACUGAUAAAUACGCGUAUACAAUAUAUAUAUAUACAUAAAUUAACUACACAUACAUAUAAUUAAUACGAGAAAAAUAUCAGAAAAGGGUUCUUCAAAAAUCUCUAGUUACACACAUUUGAUUCUAAUUGGCAUUUCUCUUAAUUUCCUAUAAACAUAUAUACCUAAAGAUAUAUAUAUAUACAUACUACACAUAUAUUCAGAUUUAUGCGAGUUAUGCUUUUUUUUAAGUUAACAAAAACUGGAAGACAAUUGAAGUUGAAUGUUGUAUGAAAAGUUUCAUGGAUUAUUUAUAAUUUAAACUCGAAUUUAUUGUUAGUUGAAUUUAGUUUUGUCGCGCUUUUAAUUAAUUAAUAUUAUUUAUAAUUUCCUCUUGUUUGUGUAAAUACCAAUAAUUUAACUAAUACAACCAACUAAUAUGACGCCCAAUAAAUGAAAUUGUCGUAUCUAUAUAUAUACUUAUAUACAUAUAUAUUA